AAAAAGAAGAAUUGGACAAAGAAGAAGAAAAUGAAGAGGGGCCAGGGAACACACUGAAGGCUUCUCAGUUAUCCAGCCACUAUCAGGUCCGGGUCUGCCACUGUUCCGCUCUUCCACAGCUCAGGCAUCGACACAGUACUUUGCCAUUCUCUUCAAGCAUCCGGAGAGUGCCGUCGCAAAUAAAAUUAAUUCAAACUCCAGCUGCAGGAUGGACAUAUCCAGCCGGCUGGAGAUGUGGCAGGAGCUGGCCGAGAUGUGUGGUCUCAUUACAGUCCAGCAGAGCCUACAGCAGGUCUGGAGGCUGCUGCUGCUCUGCCUGAUCUGCAGACUCUGCUUCAGACUGGGGGGCGUGUCCACUGUGAAGCAUGUGACAUCAGUGUUGGCUGGGAUGUACGGCCUCUUCCUGUUCUUUGAGCUGCACAUGCUGUGGGUCCUGUUGCUCAGUGCGCUCUGUUACCUCGUUCUGCUCCUCAGCCGACACUCGAGCAGCAGAGGCCUCUUCCUCUCAGUCGUCAUCCUCAUCUACCUCCUCAUUGGAGAGUUGCAUUUAAUUGACAUGGUGACCUGGCAUAAAAUAAGAGGCUCUCAGAUGGUGGUGGCCAUGAAGGCCAUCUCUCUGGCCUUUGACCUGGACAGAGGAGCAGUGGGCACCCUGCCCUCCCCAGCUGAGUUCCUGGGCUAUGUUCUUUUUGUGGGCACUGUUGUGUUCGGCCCUUGGAUCAGCUUCUCUAGUUAUAAGAAUGCCAUUGAAGGCAGAAAACUGAGCUGGUUGUGGCUGCAGAGUUUCUCCCUCAGCCUCCUGAAGAGUCAGAUCUGUCUGCUGGUCUCCACCUGCAUCGCCCCUUACCUCUUCACUUUGUUCAUCCCCGUCCAAGGAAACACAGUCACACAGAAGUGGCUGCAUGCGUAUGAGACUGCAGUGUCCUUCCACUUCAGUAACUACUUUGUGGGUCACCUCAGCGAAGGCACCAGCAUGCUGGCUGGAGCAGGCUUCACUGAAGAAAAAGACAACAUCAGAUGGGAUAUGAGUGUGGUGAAGCCGCUCAGUGUGGAAAUGCCUCGUUCCAUGGUGAUGGUGGUGACGUCCUGGAACAUCCCCAUGUCCCGAUGGCUGAAAACCUAUGUCUUUAAAAACACUGUGAAGCUGGGGACAUUUCCAGCCAUCCUGGUGACAUAUACAGCCAGCGCCUUAUUGCAUGGUCUGAGUUUUCACCUUGGAGCUGUUCUACUCUCUUUGGGCUUCAUCACAUAUGUUGAACAUGUCCUGAGAAAGAGGCUUGCGUCCAUUUUUAGUGCCUGUAUCCUGUCCAGGCCAUGCACCUCUGACUGCAGCCAUCAGCACAAGAAGGAGUAUUGGGUGAUGUUGCUGAAUGUGGUUUUCAGCUUCCUGGCCAUCUUCCACCUCACCUACCUGGGCUCCAUGUUUGACCCUGGAGAUGAUGAACAGGAAGUAGAAGAGGGUUAUGCUGCCAUCCACACCAUCCAGAGGUGGUCUGAACUGAACUGGGCGAGCCACUGGGUUGUGUUUGCCUGCUGGGUCUUCUACCGUUUAAUUCAGUGACCUCAUUGGAGCAGAGGGGAAGGCCGGCAGACACCAAAUAGUUCAUAAUACAAUGAAUAUCAGCAUGUUGUUACCUGAUGGGAACUAAGGAUCUGCAGUGCAAGGACUGUGGAAAAGACUGUGUCUGUGCUUAGGUGGUUUUUACAGAUGAAAGCAGAGGCUUUGGAUGUAAAGAUGGAGUUAAUAAACAAACCUUCAGACCUGUUUGGAAUAGAGAUGUAUGGAUGCAGAGUGAGCACACAGCACAUAGCCCUGUACCUGUUGGCUUUAUUUCAGGAUGUUUUGAAUUGAACUGCAGAAUCAGUGUGAUUGGACUGAAGACCUUAAAUGAUCAGAACGACCCUGUAGAGAGAGUUCUGCUGUAAUGUUGGUGUUAGACAAUGUCCACGCCUAAAACCAUUUCAGCAGUUUAACAUGUUUAAGUAUAGAAACAUACAUACAAACAAAAUUUUUUUUACUGCUGCUAUUGUGUCUUUUGUAUUUUUCUAUUAAAAUAUUUCUGCAAAUGUU